AUGGCAGAGAAAGUGGUGAGCCUGAGAGAAGGGGAGGCAGAGUUAACGAACCAGCACCUGAAGGAGAGAAAGGCGUCAUGGGCUAAGUUGCGCCGCGUGGACUCUCUCAGUUUAGAGGCUGGAAGAGUUUCCACGACCCGGAGCCAUGGCUCACAGGUAAGUUGGCAAAGAACGUUGAGUUUGGCCUUUCAGAGCAUAGGGAUUGUGUAUGGGGACAUAGGGACGUCUCCACUCUAUGUGUUUUCGAGCACUUUCACAGAUGGUAUUGACAACGUCGAUGACAUUCUAGGGGUAUUGUCUCUCAUCAUCUAUACCAUAGCUCUCGUGCCCAUGCUCAAGUAUGUCUUCAUCGUCCUCUGGGCCAACGAUAACGGCGAUGGGGGAACUUUUGCACUGUAUUCAUUGAUGUGUCGGUAUGCGAAGGUGAGCUUAAUUCCGAAUAACCAGCCAGAAGAUAGGGAGCUAUCCAACUACAAACUGGAAACACCAUCCAACGAGUUAAAACGAGCCCAAACCAUCAAGAAGAAGUUGGAGAAUAGUAAGAUGGCCCAAUACGUUCUUUUCCUUGUGACCAUUAUGGGAACUUCCAUGGUCAUUGGAGAUGGGGUUCUUACUCCAUGCAUUUCAGUCCUUUCUGCAGUGAGCGGGAUUAAGUCUUUAGGCACAGAUGCUGUUGUGGGGAUUUCCAUAGUAAUCUUGAUCGUUCUCUUUGCUGCUCAACGAUUUGGGACUGAUAAAGUGGGCUACACCUUUGCACCUAUUAUUCUGCUGUGGUUCUUGCUCAUCAGCGGCAUUGGUCUCUACAACUUGUUCAAACAUGACGUUGGUGUAUUGCGUGCUUUCAACCCAAAAUACAUCAUAGAUUUCUUCAAAAGAAAAGGAAAAAAAGGAUGGGUUUCCCUUGGGGGAGUUUUCCUCUGCAUUACUGGGACUGAGGCCAUGUUUGCUGAUUUGGGUCACUUCAAUGUCAAAGCAAUCCAAAUCAGUUUCUCUUGCAUCACAUUUCCGGCAUUAAUAACUGCAUAUAGUGGGCAAGCAGCAUUCCUCAGAAAGUUCCCAGGGAAGGUGGAGGACACAUUCUAUGACUCAAUACCAGACCCUUUGUAUUGGCCAACUUUCGUCAUCGCCGUAGCUGCUGCUAUUAUUGCCAGUCAGGCUAUGAUAUCUGGGGCAUUUUCAAUCAUCUCCCAGUCCCUAAGUUUGGGUUGUUUCCCGAGAGUUAAGGUUGUUCAUACCUCUGCCAAGUAUGAGGGUCAGGUGUACAUACCUGAGAUCAACUACCUGCUUAUGGUUGCUUGUGUUAUAGUCACUGCAGCAUUCAAGACCACCGGAAAGAUUGGCAAUGCAUAUGGAAUUGCUGUGGUCAGUGUUAUGGUCAUCACAACAUGUUUGCUUACUCUCAUUAUGUUGGUGAUAUGGAAGACGAGCAUAUGGUUGAUUGGUCUGUUCUUUGUGGUGUUCAUCUCCAUCGAGGUGGUUUAUUCGUCCGCCGUGCUGUACAAAUUCGCGCAAGGUGGUUUCCUUCCUCUGGUCUUUGCUUCUGUCCUUAUGGCAAUCAUGGGGAUUUGGCAUUAUGUGCACAAACAAAAAUACAUGUUUGAGCUCAACAACAAGGUUUCCACAGAAUACAUGAAACAGUUGGCCUGUAACCCCAACAUAAAUAGGGUGCCAGGCAUUGGACUUCUAUAUUCUGAGCUUGUGCAGGGAAUUCCCCCUAUAUUUUCUCACUUCGUCAACAAUGUACCCUCCAUCCACUCUGUUAUAGUGAUUGUCUCCGUCAAGCCUAUCCCAUUCAGCAAAGUUGCAUUGGAGGAGAGGUUUCUGUUUCGACAGUUGGAGCCAAGAGAGUACAGAAUGUUCCGCUGUGUAGCAAGGUAUGGUUACAAUGACAGAGUUGAGGAACCUGAAGAGUUCGAGCGCCAACUGGUUGAGAACUUGAAAGAAUUCAUCCGCCACGAAGUUCACGAACACUUCGUACUUGAUGGAGGAGCAACAGAGAAAACAGAGGAGGCAGGGAAAGAUGGGGAGUCAUUCAAUGGUGAAGAAUCAGCACAACAAGUUAACCCGCCUCGUGUCUCAAAGGGGUCCAUUCAGUCGUUCAAUGCUGCGAGGUCGGUGAACUCAUCCAGCAGAAUUGUCUCUGCACCCAUCAAAGGAGCUGAGGAGGAAAUUCAGUUUGUGCAAGGAGCUAUGAAGGACGGCAUAGUUUAUCUGCUGGGAGAGACAGAAGUGUUGGCCGCACAGAACUCGUCAUUGUUCAAGAAGUUUGUUGUCAACUAUGCCUACGAUUUCUUGAGGAAAAACUUCAGGCAAGGGGAACAAGUCAUGGCAAUCCCAAGGACUAGGCUUCUCAAAGUUGGAAUGACGUACGAGAUAUGAGAUGACAGUGUUUGUGAGAAAAGGAGUGGUUUGUGUAAUGUGCUUCUCAAUGUGCUAAUUUGUGUGCGGCUCCAACACCAGUUGACAAGCAAUAUAUAUGUGUGUUCAUCUCAUACAAGGCAGAGGCCUGCCAUUGUAACUUAGCUAGGAAGUGGUUGUGAGCAAUUUGAUUUUAUAUACGUAUAUACUUUCGUGUGAAUUGUUCCACUUGAUGAA